AUGCCUACUUUCACCCGGCCUUCAACCAGUGCCACACCCCACUACGACUUCGAGGGCAGAGAGAGGGACACCCUUGCAUGCCACCAGGAAUGGCCGAAACUUGAGGGUGCAAAAAUCUCAGAGGACUCUACGUUGGCCGAUGCAUUAGUAGAAGGGGCUGGGGGCAAGACCGAUCAGCAACAACAAUCCAUCUAUAUACUCGUAGAGCGCUUGCCUACCACAGUCUCUACAAGCGGUUCAACUGCACCAUACUCGACGUCGACUGGUGCGCUCGGUGAGAGGGGAGAAGCGAAGACAUCUCAGCUAUGCCCAUCUGCUGCCAUAUCGACUGCCGCUACACUGUCGACUUCCCCUGCGUAUGGUGACCGCACCACCUCACCAUCCACGCAUCGAGCAUUGAUAUGUGACCCGCCAAUCUCAUCGACUCGUCGUGGAGUAUUGGACGCGGUCGAGGUGUAUGCCACCCCCGAGUCCACGUCCACUAGCUUCGGAGACCUGACCGGGUCACCGUCAUCGUCUACGGCCCAGCCAACAGGAUAUGAACAGCCACAGGACGGGACCCGCACCGGAGCAGUAGAGCCAAUUGAGGGGUAUGACACCCCCGUAUCAACGGUAACGCAUGGCCACAGCGGCGGGAGUACAUCAUCAACAUUCUCCACUCCACGGAUCACGCCUGCGGAAGGGUGGGGAGAGGUAGAGACCGGAGAAUUGCUUGCUUAUUCGUAUCUAGAGAUGGAUACAGGAGAUCAUCCGUUCGACAUAAAUCUGGGAGAGUCCGAGUACACAGCCGUCACAGACCCAUGGACUAAUAGAGAAGAUCAGUUGUAUGUCCCUGAGGCAGACGAAGCCCAGGAGGAUUUGUCGUAUAUCCCUAUCGGAAAGUGGCCAGCGCAUCCCACUACCUCGCUUCAACAGCCUUUAUACGAGGCGGAGGAGCAUGCCGCGGUGAUGGAUCAGAGCCAAUUAUGGCCGGCACAGGGGAUAGGGUCUCUUGGCAAUACCCAUGAACCCUAUAACCAACUCCCGGAGUUCCAACCAUUGACACCUGAAAUGAGUCAAUCGGCGGCUCCCGGAGCUCACACAAUCCACUCACCACAUUCAGUCGCUGGAUCGUCAUCAUGGGGUGAAUCCACCCCCUAUGGGCGACAGUAUGUCUUUCGCUUCUAUCGACCGCCCCACUCGACGGCAGAGAGGGCAGCGUGGGUUGCGCCGCGCCACGCCCCGCCGCCGAAACAACGAAAAAGGCGAAGAAGAAUCGAAGGAAUCAUCUCGAUUGGCGUCAGAGACAGAGCCAUUCGAGAGCGCUGUGUAUUUAAAGGCGUGUCCGUCGAUGUGCUCGAUGGAGACAGCAUGGAGGGGUGGGGACGUCGAAACGACAUAAUGUUGCAAAGAUACGAAGGCGAAUACCAGCCUUGUGUCCUCGAAUUCAAAUACCGACAACACGGACAGGCCAUACGCGUCGAUCUAAACGAAACCAACGAUACGAUCAGAGUCCGGGACUUGGCGCGGAUGAUUGCUCGACAUUUUGGGCGUUGGUGUAGGGAAAGCGAUGCCCAGAGGCGAGCUGUAUGCCAGCAACUAGGGCAUCCAUCCGACCAGUCUGGAGUGUGCGAGUGCGACCGCUAA